AUGAAGGCACACCCCAUCACAAUCUGCCGUAGACACACUCUCUGUCGUUGGAUCCGGCACCACGUGAUAGCCACCCCGAGAUUCUCAACGAGUGCCCGGCCUAGGGUGGAAUGGGAGAGAGCUUAUGAUCCACAAGCUUGGAUCCUUGGUGUUCUUCCGCUGAUUGCAUUCACGAAUCUCAUCUGGGACGAUGCUUCCACUGCCGUUGAGAAAAGCAAGGCAAGCGACUCUGAACUGUCUGAGUUUGUUGAAACAGAUCAAUGGGCUGCCAUCCACCGGUUUGCAUUUCUUGUCAAGUUUCUUGAAAAGAAGGAUCCGCAACAUGAGAGUCAAGCAUACAAAGCGCUUGCUGAAUGCGACCCUGAAUUCAAGAAAAUUGAGAUGGUAGGAAAUGUCUUUAACGACAUGGAUGGCAUCACAGCACUGGUUGAGUGGAACGAUCUGGAUUAUCUUCACAGCUGGAUUCAGGCCAAUGCUGUUCCGCGCUUGAGCCUUGUGCCCACAGCUAUUGCCGAAGAGGCCGCUGAUGUAUUUCUGAACACCAACUAUCUCGAUUGUUGGUUAUCUCUUCAGUCUCAGCGAGAGUCCCUUGGCAUCAUCUGGGCUGUUCGCUCUCGGCAUUCGUAUCCCUAA